AUUAUAAUAAUAAAAAAAAAAUAUUAAAAAAUAUAAAGCAAAAAAAAAAAAUUAACUACGAAGUAGCAGAAUGUAAACGAGCGAUGAAAAAACUCUACAAAAAUCAAAUUCACCAUGCCAUACAUAUAUCAAGUAACAUAGUACUACGUCGAUGAUUAAAAGCCAUAGAGUUAGCUAUAAUUUUUAAGAAAAAAUUAGUAAAUAAACUCAAUACUUUAAAUAAGGUUAAGUUACAAAAAGUAUUUCAACAAUCCACUUGCUGAGAAUCUCUUUUACCAAAGACACUAUCAAAUCGACUACGUGCAAAUACAAAACCAAAACCAUGAUUGGCGAUACAGCGGAGAACAUUGGCGAGCAUGCGUGGACCAAAUUGCUCGAUGAUAAGGACAGCACUGGCAAUAAUGCCGUCAUUGUAAAGUCCGCGCGCAUAUCCGAAGUGGAUUUUGAAAAGCGUAGCACAAAAGAUGGCAGUCCGUUGCCACUGGAGCGCCUAAAAGAAAACUGCAGUAACUUGAGUAGUGUGGAUGAGGGUAGUGGUGGUGGCGGCGGUGGAGGCGGAGGCAGUGGCGGUGGCGUUGAGGGCCCUACACCUGUCGACAGUGUUGGCGGUGAAAAUAAAUCACAAUUAACCCGCAAAGGAUCCAUACUCGGUUCAUUCCAUAAACAUUUAAGACGUUCGUUGAAGGCAGUAAGUGAAUCACCUGGCCCAAUAACGAGGUAA